AUGUGUAUCAUCAUAACGUGUACUAGAAUGUGUAAGCUCUUCCAGUAGCCAACCUUUCCCGUUGAACCUACCUAUGUACUGGCACAGUGCCCAUUUCUAGGCUUUUCAUUGCUCUUCACCGUCAGUGGCGGGCACCCGAGGCCGAUUGUUGCCCGUUGCGGCCGUGUCCCUCUCCUUCAGCUCGAGAAAGUAUUUGUGCAAAUAAUGUGAACGUGAGAGCGAGGAACAGAAUUGUCCAUGUCACUCGCUUUUCGAACAGCGAUCGGCCAUGGUCUUAGGGUAGCUGGAGAAGACAUCAUCCGCAAACACUUACGAUCAUCCAAAGAUCUUAUUGCCGUGAUAGCGAGUGCCGUGGAUACCUGUUCGAACCCUCUGGGCAAUCGGGUCCCGAACAAACCUUCAGAUCUACCAAGAGGUCAAUAUUAGCGAGCACUGCUAGAGGAGAUCCAGACGAUCCCACUCCGACUGGAAGGACGGAAGAAUGGCGAGACUAGCGAGUCUUCGCCGAGGAGGACUCCUCUUGGGAGUCUUCUGUUUGGCUGUGACGAUGACUUUGGCCAGUGCCGACAACACAACCGAAGUGGUUGAGGAGGGUGCAGGUGGCAUGGAGGGUGUGAAUUGUGGGGAUGGUCUGGUGGUGCCCAUUUGGCGGCCAUUCCACAACCUGAGUGCGGGUGACCGCUUCGGCCGUGGAUUGUUAUAUGCUUUGCUCAUGGUUUACCUUUUCAUCGGUGUCUCGAUCGUAUCUGACAGGUUCAUGGAAUCGAUUGAGAUGAUCACUGCUCAAGAGAAAGAACUCACUCUCAAAGAUCCCACCACUGGCAAGAACCAGGUUAUCGUGGUCAAGGUCUGGAACGAAACCGUCGCCAACUUGACUCUCAUGGCUUUGGGCUCUUCAGCUCCCGAGAUUCUGCUGUCUGUGGUUGAGAUCUACGCCAAGGGUUUCGUGGCUGGUGAGCUUGGACCCGGUACAAUUGUCGGCUCAGCCGCUUUCAACUUGUUCAUGAUCAUCGGUCUCUGCAUGUACGUGAUCCCCGAUGACGAGGUGCGAAAGAUCAAGCACUUGCGGGUGUUCCUCAUCACCGCCACCUGGUCAGUCUUUGCCUACGUUUGGUUGUACUGCAUUCUCGGUCCCAUUUCCUAUGGUGUGGUCGAGGUUUGGGAGGGUCUCCUGACUUUCUUGUUCUUCCCGCUGACCGUGUGGACCGCCUACGUGGCUGACCGACGCCUCUUCUGCUACAAAUACAUGGCCAAAUCAUAUCGCAUGGGCGACCGAGGAGUCAUUAUCCAAACUGAGAAGGAUGACAUUGAGGAUCGAGGCAAGGAGAAGUUCAAGGACUUGGACGAAGACAUGGACCCCGCUUUGGCCGAAUUCGAGCGACAUCGCCGCGAGUACAUCAAUGCCAUGAAGCGCAUCCGCUUGGAAAACCCCAACAUUGACAUGGCCGAGCUCGAGUUGAGAGCCCGAGAGGAGGUUAUGAGCAAGGGACCCAAAUCUCGAGCCUACUACCGCAUCCAAGCUACCCGAAAAUUGGCUGGCAAGCAAAACUUGGACAAGAAACUGAGAGAAAAGUUACACGAGGAAGCCGAUAAGAAGCAAGAAGACGAAGCCAAAGAGGAAGAGGAGGAGAAGAAGGACGAUGGUGUGAUGAGACUGUUCUUCGACCCCCCUCACUACACCGUUAUGGAAAACAUUGGCACAUUCGAAGCUACCGUCGUCAGAGAGGGUGGUGACCUCAACGUCGCCGUUCAAGUUGACUUCAAGACCGAAGACGGAACUGCCUUGGCUGGACCCGAUUACAUCGAAAAGGUCGGUACCCUCUACUUCGCCCCUGGCGUGACUGAGCAAAAGAUCACCUUGGAAGUCCUGGACGACGAUGUAUUUGAAGAGGACGAGCACUUCUACUGCCGAAUCACCAACCUUAGACGCAAGGACGGUAUCGAGAUUCACAAUGUCGAGAUCGAGGACGAAAAUGGCAGCCCCAAGACGGUUCCUUGCAUCCAAUUGGGCACCCCUGCCUUGGCCACCAUCAUGGUUUUGGACGACGAUCACGGUGGUGUGUUCCAAUUCGAGAACCAUGAACUGGACAUCAACGAGGCUGUUGGAACCCUGGAGCUCAAAGUGGACCGUAUUUCUGGCGCUCGUGGUAAGGUUGGAAUUCCUUAUACCACCGAGGAGGGAACUGCUAAGGCCGGCAAGGAUUACACUCAUGUGGAAGGUGAACUGAUAUUUGCCAAUGAAGAAAACGCGAAAACCAUCGAGAUUCCCAUUAUUGAGGAGGACUCGUACGAGAAAAAUUGCGUGAUGUAUGUCGUGAUUGGAGAGCCCAGGCACAUUGCAGAGGGAGUUAACUACGAUGAUAUUGAUGCCAAAGAUCCCGAAGACCUUACUGAAGUGGAAAAGAUUGCCGUUUUGGGUCGACCAAGAUUGGGCGACAUCACCAAAGUUCAGAUCAGGAUCAAGGAGAGCAAAGAAUUCAAGAGUUCUGUGGAUCGGAUGAUGCAAAGAGGAAACGCUUCGAUGGUUAUGGGAGCUUCUUCGUGGAGAGAUCAAUUCAUGGAGGCUUUCACCGUUCAAGCUGGCGAUGACGAUGAGGAAGAAGAAGGCGAAGAUGGUGAAGAAGCUGAGGAGAAGAUGCCCACUUGCGGGGAUUACAUCAUGCACUUCUUGACUUUGUUCUGGAAAGUGAUCUUCUCUAUUAUUCCACCUGCAGGACUGAUGAAGGGCUAUCCUUGCUUUGUGGUAUCCAUAAUGAUGAUCGGUGUUUGCACCGCAGUCAUUGGCGAUGUCGCCGGCCACUUGGGCUGUUUCAUCUAUCUUAAGGAUCAAGUCAAUGCCAUAGCCUUUGUGGCCCUGGGAACCAGUGUACCCGAUACCUUCGCCAGUAAAGUGGCUGCUAUUCAAGACGACACAGCCGACGCUUCCGUCGGAAACGUGACUGGAUCCAACGCUGUCAAUGUGUUCCUUGGUAUCGGCAUUGCCUGGUCCAUGGCUGCCGUCUAUUGGUGGGCAAACGGCACAGUCUUCUUCGUCAAACCUGGAAGUUUGGGAUUCUCAGUGGCUGUGUUCUGUACUGAGGCUCUUAUUGCCAUCCUUAUUCUGCUGUUUCGACGAAAUCCAGCGGUGGGAGGAGAGCUCGGAGGACCCAAGUCGGUCAAGACUGUGACUUCAAGUAUCUUCGUUUGUCUAUGGCUCACCUAUGUGAUGCUUUCCGCCCUUGAGGCUUACAAAGUCAUCGACCCUGGAUUUUAGACGACCUCACAAUCAUCGACAAACCACCCGUGAUCGAGGGAACCAAUUCAAAUCUACCAUGCCAACUGUUUGCUCUCAAGCGCGUGCACACACAAACACACUCACAUCUACAUUCACACUCAAAAUACUCUUUCAAUCAGCAUCGCCAACAUUGGUCGUUGGUUGAAAAGUUCAUCAGUGCUUGACAUGACUUAAUUCACGAGGUCAAUUGGUUUCCUUGGAUCGAUGAGGAAUAUAUCUUCCUAGUACCACUCAUCUUGUGAGAAGAUCUCAACCAAAAAAUCUCCACACUCGCCAUUCUGUGUGCAAACGACAAAAAUCCUCGUUGAAACCCCACAACACAACUGCUCAUCACCACCACACACUUUCUUAAUCAUGGCAAGCCAUGCCAAGUUAAAAGGCCAAAAUCCCUCUCAACUGUGCCUGCCCAAUAAAAACCUGCCAAAUUUGAGGGAAGCCACACCUCUUCACCUCUGGAAGGCCCCAGUUUGACUCUCAUGCGUGGACUCGAGGUGGUAUUCCAUCGCCACAAGGGUUUAAAUAUCACAAGUCAGGUUCGCAAUACAAUAUUUCAAGUUUCCCCUUGGACCUCGAAUCCUCAAUUAUCUCGAGAGAUCCUCCAAUUCCCAAGACGGGGAUGGAGAGGUGUGACAAUGCCGUGAUUUGGCGGGUCAUCUCAUUAUGGGCGUGUCUGAACGGACUUCAUCUUCCGGAUGAAGUCUCGGUGCUAUUAUUAUAUUUCAAACAAACACUUUUCAAACCCGUUGCUAUAAACGUUGUUGAAUGAAAUGAGUGAUACCAACAGAGAAUGAUGAAUAAUCGAAAUUGUUUACGCCAUGAAAUAAAGUUCCUAAAAAAUA